AUGUACAGAGCUCUUUCCAAGCUAUUGAUGGCUAGGUUGAAAAAAGUUCUUCAUUCUAUCGUUUCUAUUUGCCAAAGCACAUUUGUGUCGGGUAGACAAAUGUUGGACGGGGUGUUGGUGGCAAACAAAGUGGUGGAUUUUACAAAUAAGGAGGGUAAUAGUCGUCUUCUCUUUAAAGUCAAUUUCGAAAAAGUUUAUGAUAACGUGAGUUGGGGUUUACUUAGUUUUAUGAUGAGGAGGAUGGGGUUCAGUGAGAUUUGGAUGAGGUGGAUGGAAGUGAUGAUUUUCACUAGUAAGAUAUCGGUGUUAGUAAACGGGUACCAAGGAAUUUUUGGUCGAGAAGUGGUUGAGGCAGGGCGAUCCAUUAUAUCCUUUCCUUUUUGUGCUCGUUGCAGAAGGUUUAUCGGCUUUGGUUAG